AUGGGGCGGCAGGACCUCCCACGCGCUGACGGGCCCCCGCCGAUGCUCCCGUGGCCGCUGGCCCUCCUGGCCCUGAGCGCGUGCUGCCGCUGGGGCCUGGCCGGCGGGGCGGGCGGCACGGUGGCCCAGCAGCAUGCCGCCCCCGCCACCCCUUCCUCCUCCUCUGCCUCAUCCUCCUCUUCCUCCGGCCGGCCGCCCCUCGACUGGCUCCUCACCGACCGGGGACCCUUCUACCGAGCCCAGGAGUACGUGGACUUCAUGGAGCGCUACCGGCAGGGUUUCACCACCAGGUACAGGAUCUACAGAGAGUUUGCUCGCUGGAAGGUGAAUAAUUUGGCCUUGGAGAGGAAAGAUUUCUUCAGCCUGCCACUUCCCCUGGCCCCCGAAUUCAUCCGCAACAUUCGUCUGCUGGGACGCCGGCCCAGCCCCCAGCAGAUCACCGACAGCCUCAUCAAGAAGUAUGGGACCCACUUCUUGCUGGCCGCCACCCUGGGAGGAGAGGAGUCCCUGACCAUUUUUGUGGACAAGCGCAAGCUGAGCCGGAGAGCAGAGCCCCCUGGAGGGGCUGGGAACAGCUCGGGGGUCUCGUUGGAGACCCUGCACCAGCUGGCAGCCUCCUACUUCAUCGACCGGGAGAGCACACUGCGCCGGCUCCACCACAUCCAGAUCGCCACAGCUGCCAUCAAGGUGACCGAAACCAGGACAGGACCACUCGGCUGCAGCAACUACGACAACCUGGACUCAGUGAGCUCCGUCUUGGUGCAGAGCCCCGAGAACAAAGUGCAGCUCCAAGGGCUGCAGACGGUGCUCCCAUCCUACCUGCGGGAGAGGUUCGUGGCGGCUGCCCUCAGCUACAUCGCCUGCAGCUCAGCUGGGGAGCUGGUGUGCCGCCGCAGCGACUGCUGCUGUCAGUGCCAGCCCACCUUCCCCCGCUGCAACUGCCCCGAGGCUGACAUCCAGGCGCUGGAGAGCAGCCUGGCCCAGCUCCGGCGAGCCUGGGAGAGCCACCACAGCCAGUUCGAGGAGUCAGAGGAGUUUCAGGGCCUGGUGAAGAGGCUCCCUGGGGACCGUUUCCUGAACAGGACAGCCAUCUCCCACUUCUGGGCCAUGGACCUGGACGUCCAGCAUCGCUACCAGCAGCUGGGCACCAGCCUGAAGCUGCUCUCCAGGAAAACCCACCGACUCAUCCAGCGGCUCUUCAACCUCAGCAAACGCUGCCACCAGCAACCUCGCUUCAAACUGCCAAAGGAGAGGUCCCUCCCAUACUGGUGGAGCCGCGCACAGUCGCUCCUGUACUGCAGCGAGACCUCUGUGCCGGGGACCUUCCUGGAAGAAAGCCACAGCUGCACGUGUCCCUCCGAGCAGCCCUCCUGCCAGGGCUCCAUACCGUGUGCCUUGGGCGAGGGGCCCGCCUGCGCCAGCUGUGCCGAGGACAACAGCACCCGCUGCGGGACCUGCAACCAUGGCUACGUGCUCAGCCAGGGCUUCUGCCGCCCCGAGGUGGCCGACUCACUGGAGCACUACCUGGGGCUGGAGACAGACCUGCAGGACUUGGAGCUCAAGUACCUCCUGCAGAAACGGGACAGCCGCAUCGAGGUGCACUCCAUCUUCAUCAGCAAUGACAUGCGCCUGGGGAGCUGGUUCGACCCCUCCUGGAGGAAACGCAUGCUCUUGACCCUGAAGAGCAACAAAUACAAGCCCGGGCUGGUUCACGUGAUGUUGGCCCUCUCCCUGCAGAUCUGCCUCACCAAGAACAGCACGCUGGAGCCUGUCAUGGCCAUCUAUGUCAACCCCUUUGGAGGCAGCCACUCAGAGAGCUGGUUCAUGCCCGUCAACGAGGGUGGGUUCCCAGACUGGGAAAGGACUAAUGUAGAUGCCUCUGCCCAGUGCCAAAACUGGACGCUCACCUUGGGCAAUAAGUGGAAGACCUUCUUUGAAACGGUCCACGUGUACUUACGGAGCCGCAUCAAGUCUCUAGAUGACAGCUCCAACGAGACAAUCUACUAUGAGCCCCUGGAGAUGACAGAUCCCUCCAAGAACCUGGGGUACAUGAAAAUUAACAGCUUGCAAGUCUUUGGCUACAGCCUGCCCUUUGAACCAGAUGCCAUCCGCGACCUGAUCCUUCAGCUGGACUACCCCUACACCCAGGGCUCCCAGGACUCAGCCAUGCUCCAGCUGUUGGAGAUCAGGGACCGGGUUAACAGAUUGUCACCCCCUGGCAAAACCCGCCUUGACCUCUUCACUUGCUUGCUCCGCCACAGGCUCAAAUUGGCCAACAACGAGGUGGCAAGGAUCCAGUCCUCCUUGAGAGCCUUCAACGCCAAGCUGCCCAACGCGGUGGAGCAGGAGACGGGCAAGCUGUGCAGCUAACAGUCGGGGCUGCUUGGCUCUCAG